AAAUGUACAUUGUUCUUAGUCUUAGCGUAGUUAAUGCAUGUUGGACUGGGCUGUAACCUCAAGAGUUAACGUGGAAUUGAAACACUGGGCCGGAUGUAAUAGGAACCCCAAAAAUAGUUUAGCCUAUUAGGUUGUUGAAAUAGUCUCCCGAAUCUUUGGACCCACACCCAUCACCAGGGUAAAUACAGACAUGGAAGACAAAGGUGUUUGCGAGGAGUCCGAGACCAGUCAACCCCAGAACAUCACUCCUGCAGCCGGGCAGGGUCCCCUGGUUUCAGUCACGUUUCAGACGGACCCACAUCGAAAACUGAAAUACUUGGAGUCAGAACCUAAAGCAUUAGGGGUGACCCAAAUUACUUUCAGUGUGUUAAAGAUCUUCACUUGCGCAGUAUUCUAUGUCUUUGGAUUGUAUCUCUCGCUUGAGCUGAUCGUCAUUUAUCUGAUUGGAUCUGUGUUGGGGGUGGUCGCUGGUUCUCUGGCCUUGGCGGCUCAGAAUCUCCAUCUUCCCACUCUGAAGGCCUGUUUGGGGAUGCAGGUGGUGGCCUGUGUGGUCUCUAUAUUGAAUUUGCUCAUGGAAGGAGCUGACUUAGGGCUGGCGUCCAACUUCAGUGAAACUUGCUGGAUGUCAUGGAAUGACAACAGUACAGGAGUCGAACAUGAUAACUGCAUGAUGCUGUCAACGACACACGCACAUUAUACUGCUGAGAAUCUCCUGAUCCAGGCUGUCUCUGUGGCCAUCUCUGUCACCCUGGCUGCCUACUGCUGCAAGGUUAUCAACUGCUGCUCACCCACAUCCAGGAUGCCUGUGAUCACGGUCCAAGCCCCUUCCACUCUGCGAUGAGAAAUUAAUCAACUUACACCUGGAGCCAGCUAACCAGCAUGUACUCACAUUGGCCGGGUUUCCCAGGUUCGUUAAGAGCUUUUUAACGAAUCUGGGAAACCCGGCCACUGCUGACGACCUAUACCAAUAUUAUAUCCAUUAUAAAGCACGGAUAUGACAUGUCACACAAACAAGCUGGCUCCUAUUUUAACUGAAUGUUUGUUUAUUACAUAAAAAUACAUACAAAUGUUUGUAGUCAUUUUCAUUUGAACAGUUUUAAGUCUUUCAAUGCAAUAUAAUUCAAAGUUUAAAGGGAAAUAUUGAUUUGUUUUACACAUAAAUAGAGGAAAUACAUUAUUUAACACAGUACAUAUAAUUCACACAUUUAUUAGAAGCAGACCUGAAACAUUCAGUUUACUGAAUGAGAAAUAUGAGAAUGAGAGUUGAUGUAAAAAAAAUAAUGCAUAAACAGUAUUUUGGAAAUUGACAUUACCCAUCAUUAAAUACAUUAAAAAGGCA